ACUGUUAAUGGGGAUCUAGUCGAUUAGUGCAACCUCAGCUCUAACGCUUAGUGCAACACCAACGCCAGCAAGAACAGAAGAAGAUGCCACAGGGUCCCCGGAUAAACUCAAGUAAAACAAGCUUUUUGAAGCGACAGAACGAGAGCGAAUUUGUAGUACUUCACCAGAGUCUUGAAUGCGGGUCUCGGAUAGACAACAAACAUCGAUAUUAAGACUUUCCAAAGACAUUAUUUAUUUGUUUAUUUGAACACAUGCAUAUUGGUACAAGAGGGCACCAAAGAUAUAUGUGCCACACAAAACAAUGAGAGUUUGAAGAGAAGGAAAAAGAAAAAAAUGACCGUCAUACAGCUGAAAAAACGCACACAGCUGAAGAAAGUGAUCAAGCUAAAAUCAUCUCAGUCAUCAGACUCAAUACAAGAUAAUAGUUCAAAGCUGCCCGCUUUUAAACGUUUCGCUCACUUAUCAGAACCUGUUUCUUCAUUAAAGCCACAAUCGACUGAACCUGAAACUUCUAUUGAAACUCAGAGUGCUGUAUCUUCCAAGGAUCUUGAUUUAACACAAACAGAUUUAACAGUCCCUCCUGAUCUUUUUCUUCCUCACAACUUACAAGUUUUGUUGGAACUUUUUCGAAGUUGUGAUACAGUUGUCAGCAUGCUGCACAACAGAAAAGAACUUUGCAGUUUCGAUAAAAUCCAACCAGCUGUUCAAGAAAUUACGCGCAGGAAUUUUGAAGAAACUCAUAUCGGUCAAUUUCUAACUGUCUAUCCUAUGGUUUAUUUUCUGCGCUAUGAGAAGCAGUUUGAUAAAUUCACACAUCGAUUAAAUGGGAAUUAUGUACUCGUUUUAUCACCCAAUUUACGUACUGAUGGAACAAAAGUUGGACAUGAUUCUCCGUCAAAAGGAUUUCUACCAUUCAGUGGAACGCGGUUAAUUCAACGUCGAAAUCGUUUCCAUUCUCUGUUAAUUAAUCUAGUUUUAAAAUCACAUCGGGUAUUUUUAACUUCGGAGCUUGGAAUAGAUCCAUCUGAACUUCCAGAAGAUUCAUCCCUUCGUCGUUGGCAUCCGAAAUUCCCUUUAGAAUCUGCUGUUGCAUGUAUAGUUUCAUCCCCAUUGCCUAUUAGACCAUCAGAUUUUGAGCAGAAGAUUACAUCAGCAAAAGAUGCUGUCAAAGCAUUUCAAGCUCGUGCUCUGUUUCGUGAAGCCGAUACGUGUCAUCAAAUAUCUCUGUCCAAGCAACAACUAUCUCCUAUACCAAGUCCAAAAAAGUCUGUAGCAGCAUCGCCACUGAAAGUAUCCAAUAUUAUUGAUAGCACAGCAUAUACAGCAAGCAAUCUUGUAGGUACGCAAACAGAUUCUAAAGAGUCUAACGAUAGAGUGAUUACUUCUACACCGAAUAAUUUAAAGGGUAUAUCUCUAGCACUUCUCAAUAAAGUGCGUGCUCGGGAAAAUGAGCGACGUCUUCUUACUGAGCUUACUUAUGGGAAAGUUUCAGAGGCCAGACGAGCUAUUUACUGUCGUUUACCAUUAAUAAUAACUCAGGUUUGGAGUAUUUUACGUCCAUGCAAUGCCCGUCCACUUCCACUGUCAACUGUCGCUGUUCGUGUGGCAGACUCUCAUCCUAGCGGACUUUCUGCAGAUGCUAUCAGUGAACACUUAGACGUGUUAUUAGAAUUAGCACCAUGUUGGAUAGAAAAAUUAAACUGGUCCAUUGUUCAUCUUCGAUUAAAAGAUCCAGGACGAUCAGUGAAAGAUGUUAUCGAUAUGAUUAAAUUGAAAGUUGCUAAAGAUGGUGUUAACAUUUAGUAAAUCUGUAGUCACUUUAUAUUUCUCUUUUUGUAUACUUUCAUUAUUUCGUCAAUACAAUGCAUUUAUAUGUGUGUAUAUGUACUUGUGCAUUUACUACUACUUAGAGUAUCUCAUUUUUAUGCUUCUCAUCGCUUCAUAUUUUAAGCAUUUUUUUGUGUGUACUUCAGUUGUUUUCCAUAAAUAUAUAUAAAAUUUGAAAAUA